AUGGGAAUGCUAAGGUUCAAGUACAUAUUCUUUAGGAGCUUUGUUGGGCUUAAUGGAACAUCUCAGGCAGUGUUCAUCAUCCUUCUGUUUCCAACGUGUUUCAGUGAGGAUUUCAGAGCAAAACCUAUAUUCGCAGACGUUCCUUACCUUUGGGUCUGGAAUGCCCCAACUGAAUUUUGUUUUAUGAGACAUAAUGUGACAAUAGAUCUGAGUUUCUUCCCUUUAGUAGGAAGCCCACAGAAAGGUCUCAUAGGACAAAGAGUUACAUUAUUUUCUGUUGAUAAACUUGGAUACUAUCCUCAUGUAGAUGCAAAAAACCAAAGUCACCAUGGAGGAAUUCCCCAGGAGGGAAACCUAAAAGACCACUUAACUAAAGCUACAACUGACAUAAAUCACUACCUUCCAAAUGAUCACGCGGGUAUGGCUGUCAUUGAUUGGGAAGAAUGGAGACCUCUCUGGGAAAGAAACUGGAAACCUAAAGAUAUUUACAAGCUGUUGUCUGUUGAACUGGUUAAGCAAAAUAAUGUAGGUAUUGAUGACACACUAGCCAACAAUAAGGCCAAAUUAGAAUUUGAAAGUGCAGGAAGAGCUUUCAUGAUAGAGACUUUAAAACUUGGAAGAAGGCUCAGACCAAAACACUAUUGGGGCUAUUAUCUUUUUCCUGACUGUAACAAUCAUCAUUAUAAUAAAGCUGAUUAUGAUGGACAUUGCCCUGAUUUAGAAAAGCAAAGAAACAAUGAACUCAACUGGUUGUGGAAUGAGAGCACUGCCCUUUAUCCAUCCAUUUAUUUGAAUACCAGGUUAAACUCUACUCCUCAAGCUACACUCUUUGCUAGAAAUCGUAUUUGGGAAGCCAUUCGGGUUUCUGGAGUUCGCAAUGCUCAAGACCCACUUCCGAUUUUUAUAUAUACCCGUCCCGUUUUUACUGAUGCAUCUGGAGAAUACCUUCCCGAGCAUGAUCUUGUGAGUACAAUUGGUGAAAGUGUUGCUCUUGGUGCCUCUGGAAUUAUAAUGUGGGGAAGUCUCAAUUUAACCCAGACUGUGCAAACUUGCAUGAAAUUAAAUAAUUACUUGAAGACCACACUUAAUCCUUACAUAAUCAACGUCACCCUGGCAGCCAAAAUGUGUAGCCAAGUGCUCUGUUAUGAUCAAGGAUUAUGCACAAGGAAAAACUGGGAUUCAAAUGAUUAUCUUCACUUAGACCCAGCACAUUUUUCCAUUGAAUUUGGACGUUGUGAAAGAUUCAUAGUAAACGGGGAGCCGACACUUGCAGAUUUUUAUAAUUUUUCUAGAUACUUUAAAUGCAGCUGUUAUUCCAAUGUUAAGUGUAAAGAGAGAAGUGAUAUUCGAACUGUUGAACUUGUUCAUGUAUGUGUUAAUGAUGAUCUGUGCAUAACAUCAUAUAUAAAGGCAAAAUCCAGUAAGAAUCAUACCAAAUGGAAAAGGAAUCUCUAUAACUCUUCUAGCAGUGUUUCAUCUUCUGCACUGCCUGCCACACUUGUCUCCUGGGAAAGGCCCUAG